AUGACUUCUCUCAAGCAAUUCAUUCGCAACGUGAGAGCCUCUAAAACGAUCGCAGACGAACGAGCCGUCGUCCAGAAGGAGAGUGCGGCGAUCCGAGCCAGUUUCCGGGAAGAGAGCGGUGAUUCAAAUAUACGCAGGAGAAACAAUGUUGCGAAACUUCUCUACCUCUUUACACUCGGCGAACGGACGCAUUUUGGUCAGAUUGAAUGUCUGAAACUGUUGGCCUCUCCGCGGUUUGCGGACAAGCGGCUGGGCUAUCUGGGGACGAUGCUCUUGUUGGACGAGAACCAAGAAGUGCUCACACUGGUCACCAACUCACUGAAGAAUGAUCUCAAUCAUUCGAACCAAUAUGUGGUCGGGCUUGCCCUCUGCACCCUAGGUAAUAUUGCCUCCGUCGAAAUGUCCCGAGACCUCUUUCCCGAAAUUGAAACUCUCAUCUCUACCGCCAACCCCUAUAUUCGCCGAAAAGCCGCACUGUGCGCCAUGCGAAUCUGUCGAAAAGUGCCCGAUUUGCAGGAACAUUUCUUGGAAAAGGCCAAAUUAUUGCUGCAGGACAGAAACCACGGAGUCCUCCUUUGCGGACUGACAUUGAUCACCAGCAUGUGCGAGGCGGACGAAGCAGAGGGUGGCGAAGAGGGCGUGGUAGAGAUGUUCCGGCCAGUCGUUCCCCAGCUCGUGCGGACAUUAAAGAGCCUGACCAGCUCCGGGUAUACGCCAGAACAUGAUGUUUCAGGCAUCACGGACCCUUUCCUACAAGUCAAAAUUCUGCGGUUGUUCCGAGUCCUUGGAAGGGGAGAUGCCACGACCAGCGAACAAAUGAACGACAUUUUGGCACAAGUCGCCACGAACACCGAAUCGACCAAGAAUGUUGGGAAUUCCAUCCUUUACGAGACUGUCCUCACAAUUCUCGACAUCGAGGCCGACUCAGGUCUUCGGGUAUUGGGUGUCAACAUCCUCGGGAAAUUCCUGGCCAACAAGGAUAACAACAUCCGAUAUGUGGCGCUCAACACGUUGAUCAAAGUCGUGGCAAUCGAGCCUAAUGCUGUUCAACGACAUCGAAACACCAUUUUGGAGUGCUUGAGAGACCCCGAUAUUUCGAUUCGACGGAGAGCUCUGGACCUCAGUUUCACUCUGAUCCGCGAAGACAAUGUCCGCGUUCUGAUCCGAGAAUUAUUGGCAUUCUUGGAGGUCGCCGACACCGAGUUCAAAUCGGUCAUGACCACACAGAUCGGCAUCGCGGCAGAUCGUUUUGCCCCGAAUAAACGGUGGCACAUUGACACCAUGUUGAGAGUCGUCAAAUUGGCCGGCAACUACGUCAAGGAGCAGAUCUUGUCAUCCUUUGUUCGUCUCAUUGCCACUUCCCCCGAUCAACAAACAUAUUCGGUUCAAAAAUUAUACGCCGCCUUGAAAGCUGACAUCACCCAGGAAGCUUUGACUUUGGCCGGUGUCUGGGUCAUUGGCGAGUAUGGCGACGCAUUACUUCGUGGUGGAUCGUACGAAGAGGAAGAACUGGUCAAAGAAGUCAAAGAGAGCGACAUCGUUGACUUGUAUACCACCAUCCUCAACUCCACUUAUGCCAAUCAAGUUGUUACCGAGUUUAUCAUCACAUCGGCCAUGAAACUCACCACGAGAAUGUCGGACCAGUCGCAAAUUGAACGGAUCCGCCGACUGAUGCAUUCGAGAACCUCUGACCUGAGUGUCGAGAUCCAACAAAGGGCUGUGGAAUACAGCAAUAUGUUUGGCUACGACGCCAUUCGAAGGGGCGUCCUCGAAAAGAUGCCGCCGCCCGAAAUCAAGGAGGAGCAACGAGUACUCGGUCAGGCCACCACCCCAGCCAAGGACAAGAGGAAGACUCUGAAGACCAAGUCCAAUACGAAGGUGGCCAAGACAACUGAAUCAGAUAUGCUGCUCGAUCUUAUGGGUGGAUCGGACGUUCCCGCUGUCGAUGCCAGUGCGACCCUGAAUGGUCAACGACAGACUGCCGAUCUGCUCGCCGACAUACUCGGGGACGGAAAUUCGGUUUCAAGCCCUCCACCCCCGACCAGGAGCGCAACCCUACCGUCCAAUACCGAUUCAAUCAUGGACUUGUUUGGCAAUCAAACUAUCAAGGCUGCCAGCCCUGCUCCCAGUGGCCCUCAGGCCCAUCCCGCAUACGACAAAAACGGUUUGUCAGUUGCAAUCCAAGUUUCCAGGAGUGGUUCUGCAAUCCAGGCCCUCGCUCGUUUUAAGAACAACUCGGCAUUCGAGCAAAUGACUGGGGUGGGAUUACAGGCGGCUGUUCCCAAGAAUCAAAAGUUGACCCUCCAGGGUAUCAAUAAGAGCACCCUUGAUGGUGGUGAGGAAGCCACCCAAGGCAUGAAAAUCAUUGCGGCGACAGGAGCACUGCCCGCGAAACUCCGCCUUCGCUUGAAGAUCUCGUACGCUAAAGAUGGGGGUGCACCACUAACGGAACAAGUCGACUGGACCGAACCAUAA